CAACGCUGCGGCGUUCACGUGAUCUGCCCGGGCGCAGAUGUGGGCACCGGUCCGAGUGCCUGCCCUCUGUCCCUGUGGCUGGGUCCCGUAUGCUCCGGUCCCUGGGCUCCUAAUUCUUGGUCCAGCUUCUUCCAGGCACAUCUUCUUCUCUGCCCUUCGUCCAUUUUGGAGCCGAAGAUGGUGGGCUGGGGACGCCCCAGUAGUGAGGCAGUGGAAGUAAACCCCUCUGCCGUUCCGUGCGUAGAGAAAAACGUUGAUCGCGAAGCUGGUUAGGAGAGUUGCCUCUGAGGAGAAGGACACAGAGACCCAAAUUUAGUUUGGAAAGCAUCCUGGUUUGGUGGCCGAGGCCUGGAAAGAAAUGGCGGCUGGGGUGCAGGGGAGGUCUGCGGGUCUGUUGUUCCUAGCGCUCUGCGAGGCCUGAAAAGGAGGAACAACCUGUCCAGAAUCCCCGCAGGACAGGAAAAGGAGGGGAAAUCUCGACAUGGAAAAACUCUACAAUGAAAAUGAAGGAAUGCCUUCGAACCAAGGAAAGAUGGAAAAUGAAGAACAGCCACAGGACGAGGGAAAGCCAGAAGUAGCUUGUACUCUGGAAGACAAGGAGAAGUUAGAAAACGAGGGAAAGACAGAAAACAAGGGCAAGACAGGAGAUGAGGAAAUGUUAAAGGAUAAAGGAAAGCCAGAGAGUGAGGAAAAGGCAAAAGAAGAAGGAAAGUCAGAGAAGGAAGGAGAGGCAGAGAUGGAGGGAGGAUCAGAGAGAGAGAGAAAACCAGAGAGAGAGGGAGAACCAGAGAGUCAAACAAGGGCUGCAGGGAAGCGCCCAGCUGAGGAUGAUGUACCCAGGAAAGCCAAAAGAAAAACAAAUAAGGGGCUGGCUCAUUACCUCAAGGAGUAUAAAGAGGCCAUACACGAUAUGAAUUUAAGCAAUGAGGACAUGAUAAGAGAAUUUGACAAUAUGGCUAAGGUGGAGGAUGAGAAGAGAAAAAGCAAACAGAAAUUGGGGGCCUAUUUGUGGAUGCAAAGAAAUUUACAGGACCCCUUCUACCCUAGAGGUCCAAGGGAGUUCAGGGGUGGCUGCAGGGCCCCACGAAGGGACAUUGAAGACAUUCCUUAUGUGUAGUGUCCCUGGCAGGCAUAUACCAGACCAUGUGCUUUAACCUUAUGGUAAUACUUUAGGCAUCCCGCCUGUUACUAGCAGCCUUUUGACCCAACUGCAACGCGGUGUUCUCAGUAGCAAAUUUUCAUCUGUUACAUGGAAAAAUGUUUAUGGUGCAUUGUAAAAUUAAAAAACACAACUUGAAGAACCAAA